AAAGUCACAAUUCGAUGAAUCUGUCACUGUCAACGUUUAAAUUUUAAUCUUCUUAGAGCCUUAUUUUACGAGAAUUGUCUUCAACCAGAUACAGUUCGAUACAUCUUGGAGUUGACGAUGAAGUCAGGUACAGGUUCUUUAAUAUUGCGGUUGUUUAUCAUCCUGGUGUCUGGAUUCAUCACUACACAAACCAGAGCUGACGGUUUGGAAGAUGGAUAUGACAACGCCACUACCAUCGUGUAUGAAGACAUGACCGAGAUCAUCAUAGAUGACGAUGCCUCUGACUCAGGAUGGGCUUGGUACCCAAUAACAUGGAGAUGGUGGACAAUUAGCCAAGUCGUCUGCGCCAUCCUGGGCGUCUUCGACAACGGGGUCGUCAUCGUGAUCAUAUUCCAGCGGCUUGAGAAGAACCGAUCAACGGACACCUUGAUUGGAGCUUUGGCCAUUGCUGAUUUCCUGACGUCCGUGUUCCUGUUCCCAAUUCCUUGGGCCAAGCAUGUACCUCCAACCAUCCUAGGUAAGAUGUACUGCAAGCUGCUCUAUCCGGGCUUCGCUCUUUGGUUAUGCAUAACCGCAUCCACCUACAUCCUCAUGGCAAUCUGCAUCGAACGUUACAUCGCGGUCGUUCAUCCACUCUACUUCAACAGGGCCUUUACCAAAGCUAAAGUAUCACUCGCUGUGCUUUUCCUCUGGGUAUUUUCCUUCGCUCAGUGCGUCUAUGCCUUGUUCACCUUCAUCCACGACGAGGAAAUCGGUUACUGUAGUUCUAUUGUUGAUACCAAGAGGGGUAUGGAGGCCCGCGCUUACUACGCCUUCUCGAUUCGUCUAGCCAUUCCCGUCCUGACCAUGGUUGUCACCCAAAUCAUCAUCAUCCGGUCACUCCAUGUCCAGUCCAAGGUAUUCAAGGGUAUGACCGGUGAGAGUCAAGCCACCUCUCCGACCUUUCACAUCACUGCCCGCAACAACGUCAUCAAGAUGAUGUUCAUCGUCGUCAUGGUCUACGUCAUCACAUGGACACCCAAUCAGAUCGCCUACCUUUGCUUCAACCUCGGUUACAUCUCCUCGUCCUACCGAGGAAGUCCCCUCCACCGCAGUCUCACGGUCUUUGCCUUCCUCAAUUCCUGCGCCAACCCCAUCAUCUACACGUCCCGUCAUACCGAGUUCAGAAAGGCCCUCAAGGGUCUCUUUACCUGCUCCAAACCCGAGAUCUCCUCCCUCUUCGAGAUCAAAGAAGAUACUGCGGGUAAAGAAAGUUCGCAAUCAAACAUGAAGAUGAAUGAGAGUAUUCCAGAAGCACCUUGAAUGCAUUGUGCACCCUUACCACUUCAAUAUCUAUUUCUAAAGGCAAUGAUAACAACAUCAGCAAUUACAAUUAUGAUACUCAUGGUGAUAUAAAAAUAGAAUAAUACGAGUUAAAGUUCAAGUUGUUUUUUUUUCCAUUUUCAUCAUACAUGUAUACAGUGGUGCUAACAAGUUAGUGAACCAUACGAAGUCAGGUGAUGAAAAUGUAACAUUUCAUAUAGUUUGUUUCUCUGGGCUCGCCGGACAUCGUAUACGUUGUUGUCUAUACGUUCAACAUUCGGCAUGAACUAGUGUAUUUUCUGGUGGGGUUAGCUCCUAAUUUAGCACCACUGUACAUCAUAUACAUUAAAAAAAAGUAGAAAUCAAAUAUGAUUACACUCUAAAUUCCAAGGGUUUGAAAUAAAUCCAGGAUCCCGUAGCACAAAGAAUAGUGAUUAAUCGUACGUUUGAUUUUUAUGAUUAAUUUUACAUUUUAGGUCAUGUAAUCAAUCGUUCAUAAUGUUUGAUUUGAUUUGAUUUCUUGUUUUCUUCUGCAGUCAUAUCGUUCGCAUUUCCAUUAAAUAGCAAACAAAAUAAUAUACUAAUUGUCCAAAAAUUCGGCAAAUAUUUUAUUUUGUCUGUAAAGAUUGUUUGCCACGGAGGAUCUCUUAUGUUAACAAAAAAGGGAAUCAAAACAUAUCAGCUCCAUCAUCAGAAUUUAUCGCAACAUCAUGAACUGUCACAUUUUCUUUGGGCAAUGUUUGGGUUUCUUGCCCACCAAAUCAUUGAUGAUCUAUCAUGUGGCUUUCAUUUUUUUGUUUUGACUCU